GUGGCGACCCCUAAAAAAACGGGAAAAGCUGAAAGUGACUUUCACAUGGUGACCCUCCUUUAAAUAAUUACUGGUUUAUAUGAUACUUCUUAAAUGUUCAUUUAAUAAAAAUGCUACAUUGUGCUAUCUGGAUUAUUUUGGGUUUGUCAUAUGCAUACGACGGUGUGUAGCCUAAAUAACAGUGACAUUUUUAAUUGACCGAGUUUUAGACAUACUGUAGCUUAAGAUGUACUAGCCGUGUACUGCUUCCACAAAGUUGCCAGUUUUGCUUGCUGUUGCUAGGGGAAGUGACGUAAGGAAUGACUGACAGCUUUUACAGUGGAUGAAAAAAAAUCAGACAGUGGAGCGAAGAUGCAGAGGAAUAGGGAUUAAGUUUUUUUUUUUUUUUUGUAAAAUCCGUAUCCAUCCUUGUAGUUUGGGCAGUAAUGACUCCCAAAAUACAGAGAUCAUAAAUUACGCGUUUUACGAUACCGGAUGAUAUUGAUAUUACAGCUUUUCGUUCCUCAGAAAAAUAAUAAAGGGAUGGUGAAAUCUGGAUUGUUACUGAAAGAACUGAGAUUCUUGGGGGAAGGAGGGGUGUCAGUAUAGGGGGUUGUAAACCCGUUCAGGAAGGUGGAAUAUUUGACUAGGUCCGUAAAACGUUAAAAGGUUAAAAGGUAUAUAGGAUAACGUAGUGCAACGUUAGUGUCCAAGGUACAAACGAAGCAACACACGUAACGCUAGCUAAUAGCGAAAUGGAGCUGAGAGUAGGGAACCGCUAUAGACUGGGCAGGAAAAUUGGAAGUGGAUCUUUCGGGGACAUAUAUUUAGGCACAGAUAUUUCAGUGGGGGAGGAAGUGGCCAUUAAAUUGGAAUGUGUAAAGACCAAACACCCCCAGCUCCACAUCGAAAGCAAGAUCUACAAGAUGAUGCAAGGAGGAGUGGGCAUUCCAACAAUAAAAUGGUGUGGCGCAGAAGGUGACUACAACGUGAUGGUGAUGGAGCUGUUGGGGCCCAGCCUGGAGGAUCUCUUCAACUUUUGCUCCCGCAAAUUCAGCCUGAAGACAGUUUUGCUGCUUGCUGAUCAAAUGAUCAGUCGCAUUGAGUACAUUCAUUCCAAGAACUUCAUCCACAGAGAUGUGAAGCCUGACAACUUCUUAAUGGGACUGGGCAAAAAGGGCAACCUGGUCUACAUUAUUGACUUUGGGCUGGCUAAAAAAUAUCGGGAUGCCCGCACACACCAGCAUAUCCCCUACCGCGAGAACAAGAACCUUACUGGCACUGCACGCUACGCCUCAAUCAACACGCAUCUCGGGAUUGAGCAGUCAAGGCGUGAUGACCUGGAGUCCUUGGGCUAUGUUCUCAUGUAUUUUAAUCUCGGUUCACUGCCUUGGCAAGGCCUUAAGGCUGCUACCAAGAGGCAGAAGUAUGAACGAAUCAGUGAGAAGAAAAUGUCCACCCCCAUUGAGGUGCUUUGCAAGGGAUAUCCCUCUGAAUUUGCAACCUACCUGAAUUUUUGUCGUUCCCUGCGCUUUGAUGACAAGCCGGAUUACUCGUACCUACGGCAGCUCUUCAGGAAUCUGUUUCACAGACAGGGCUUCUCUUAUGACUAUGUAUUUGACUGGAACAUGCUUAAGUUUGGAGCCAACCGUGCAGCAGAGGAAGCAGAGAGAGAGCGCCGUGACCGAGAGGACAGGCUGAGGCAUACCAGGAACCCAGGUGCCAGAGGAAUACCUGCUGCAUCAGGACGACCCAGAGGAGCCCAGGAGGGAGCCCUGCCUACCCCAUUAACACCGACUUCACACACAGCAAACACUUCCCCCCGACAAGUGUCUGGUAUGGAGCGUGAGCGAAAGGUCAGCAUGCGACUGCACCGUGGUGCUCCUGUCAACGUGUCAUCAUCAGACCUAACAGGACGGCAGGAUACCUCUCGCAUGUCCACCUCGCAGAAUAGCAUUCCAUACGAGCAUCACGCCAAGUAGACAUUCGCCAUGUCCUUGUGUGACGGCGGCAACACUGGAUGGCAUCCGGUGUACCGUCUGCUGGUCUCCAUCUUCUGGCUCCUCGAUGAGCCCCUCAGUGCAACCUGGUGGACCAAGCCCUGUUCACUCAGAAACAGUCUAACAUAAUACCACCACUACCACCACAACCAUUAAUAAUUGCUACUACUACUACAGCUACCAAUGGGAGCAACUCCUGACUGGGUACAAACUGCUAUGGCUGACUGCUCAGUACUGUCACCUCCUUCAGUCUUGUACACCCUCCUCCUGUUUCUCACUCACUGUUUUCCCAAUUCUGUAUGCUGGGCUGACCUCUGAAAACAUUAAGGCACGUAAGACCUCAAGACUGUUCUGUUCACUCUUUCAGGAGGCAUUUGCACAACCCUUCCACACUGCCCCCACUACCACCAGAUUCUGAAUGGGCAGCAGUUUGUCCAGGGAAAAUAUAGGGUAACCCAGUUAUCUUUUCUAGGACACUGACUGAUGAUCCAACAGUACACAUGCCACUAGCUCCUUCCUUCACGAGAACACGUCAUCAUUGAUGACUCUACAUUUCCACUGUCAGUGUCUGUUAGUUCAUACCUGAUCAGUAAAACAGCUUUUCCCUCUUUUUUGCAGCAAGGUGUGUAUAUGUAUGGAUAGUGUUUGGGGUGUUAUGCUUUUCACUGGUAUUUGCAUUUUAUUUUCUCCUCCCCACCACCCACUACUUCUUUUUUCAGUCAUCACAGCUGCUGAUGAUUCACUUCAGCAACUCUACAGCCAUUUGUAUUAAAAGAAGCUGCUUCUUACAUGUUUUAGAGGUGAGCCUUCAGAAUAAGGUGUGGAGGUUUGAGUGCUAAUUGAACCCAUGAACAUACCAAAAAUGCUUUGGUAACUUGGGGACAGGUUGUUAGAUGUUCUGUCUGUUUAUACUCAGGCUCUGUACUGGUGUACUGUCCAGUAAGCCCUGUUCCCAUCCAAGUGUUCUCUACAAAAGAAGUGCACUAUGUAGGGGGCUACAGUGUCACCUGACACAUUUUACCAGAUGUCCAUUCACUGUGUACAGAUGAACAUUCUCAUGUUUUAUUUGUAUUAUUUUUGAAGCUGUGAAAGUCUUGUAAUAAUGAUGUGUCAAUGUAUUCUCAUGUUUAGUUUUCACUGACCUGUAGGGUUGAGUCUGAGCGUGACUUCUAAGCUUGGUCCAAGAACCUAGCUGCUGCAAGUUUAGGCUGCCAAAGUGUCAUAGUCUACCAUCAGUCUACCCCCUUCAGAGCCAUGGAUUCUAACAUAAAGGAGUGAUGUGGGCAGAGAUGCUGCACUGAAUGUGAAUAUGAUGUGCUUUAAACGGCUGCUGCUCUUGGCAGGAGAGGUUAAGCGAUCCAGUGUUGCAAACUCCAACAUUGCCAUGGGCACUGAAAAUGCAUUCUUCUUGGAGUCCUUAAAUAAUUACUGAAAUGAUUCUUUGUUGACAGUAUGCAGAGGAAAGCUGGCCAUAAUCCUUUCACAGGCUUCUUGACCAGUAAUAUUUUGGGAUUUUUAUAUUCCAAUUUGGUGACACCCCUGGCUGUGAUGAGCAACUCCACUACUAUGUCUGUCAGAAGGAAAUCACCUGUUACACCUUAUUCUUGCUGCUGCCCAUUUUCUAGUUUUUGAUUUUGAGUCUUGACCUCUUUGGUCAACCACUCAACACAUAUUGAACCAGAUCAGCAGGAGUUCCUUUCUGACAUUUAUAUUUGUUUGUGUACUUAAACUGUAAAUAAAUGAAUUACUUAUACCUUGUAGUGUUGGGACUUCUUACUAGCUGUGAAUUCAUCAAAGACCCACAGUAGAGGCAAAGACCAUCAUCUGCACAUAUUAAGUUACACAACAGCAGGGAAAUCUGAUCUUGCCUUCUCCACAUUAGACUGUGGAACCAGGAGUGCACAGGCAAUAGUAUGAUUAAGCUAAAUGCCUGAGCAGGGAGUGGGAACUUUGAGCAUGGAAGCCUGUUGAUGAAAGGAAUAAUGUCAUCUGCUCAUUUUUCUCCACAGAAAAUAUAUUUAUUUGGGGAAAAACUGGCAUCAAAAAUAACAAAAAAAACAAUGCUAGUGCAGCAUUUCAUCACCCAAACAGGUUGUGCUUGCUCAGAUACACAGGUGUAACAGCACACAGAUCACAGCAUCUGAUGUCAUACUAAAUGCAACAUGGACCAGUAGGCACCUUUAAGCAGACCUUUACAGAGCGGCAAUCAACGUUAAGCAGACCUUUAUAGAGUGGUUAAGUCAACA